GCCCCCGCCGGGGCCGCCGCCUUCCCCAUGCCGGGCUGCCCUCCACUGCUAGUGCCGCUGCUGCUCAUCCUGGUGCUGGUCCCAAACUGCCGGCCUCAAGUUGGCAAUACCGGCGCCCUCGGUGACGGGACGCUCUUCGGCGGCGCCAACCAAUCGUCCAUGCAGAGCGCCAAGCUGAUCCUCAUGGACCCCGCCGCCGAAGCCACCACCGUCACGGACAGGACGGACACCACGGCCCUGCAGCCCAGCACCAAGAAGGACAAGGACGACACCAUCAUGAUCCAGUACAGGCGGUUUCAGAGGCCGCAGCGCCGAGACCUGCCCAUCGGACUGGGCGGCGGCGACGCCGAGUACACGUCGCCGGCCUGCGAGCAGUUCAACCACGACGAAGUGAUGGCGGGCGACCGGCGCGCCAUCGUCUUCAAGUCGCCCAACUACCCCAACAACUACCCCAACAACACGGACUGCGUGCGCCGCCUGACGGCCGAGCCCGGGUUCCUGCUGCAGUUGGACUUCCGGGACACGUUCCACAUCGAGCCGUCGGAGGGCUGCCGCUUCGACUACCUGGAGGUGCGCGACGGCGCGCACGGCUACUCGGCGCUGCGGGGCCAGUUCUGCGGCCAGACCUUCCCGCCCAUCCUCACGUCCACGGACCGCUACCUGUGGCUGCGCUUCCACUCGGACGAGAACAUCGAGUACAGCGGCUUCAAGGCGGUGUACCGCACCGUGCCCAGGCCCGAACGUGAUGUGCCACCUCCCAUGGAGAUGUGCUACUUCAACAUCACGGGCAUGGCCCAGGGCUACAUCAACAGGUCGGACAUCGACCGCAACGACCCGAACCGCGUCAGCAUGUCACUGGAGCACAAGAUGCCCAUCGACUGCAUGUGGGUCAUCCAGGUGGACCAAGGCUGGAAGAUCAACCUCAACUUCAUCACGUUCAAGCUGGACAAGCCCAACGACUGCGAGUCCAACUUCGUGGACGUGUUCUCGACGCGGACGGACCUCCCGUCGCGGCUCAAAAACUUUUGCGGUUCGAUCGCCGAUUCGGUCACCUCGGAGCUCAACGUGCUGCACAUUCGCUUCUACGCGGACUACAGCGCCAAGAACAGCAGCUUCGAGUCGCUGUUCACGGCCUUCCGGGAGAGGAGCACUGGGGCGUGCGACCCUGAGACGGAGUACGACUGCGAGGACAACAGCUGCAUCGCCAAGGAGCUGAGGUGCAACGGCGUGCACAACUGUCGCUUCAAGUGGGACGAGGAGGAGUGCAAGCCCAAGUCGGGGUCGUUCGCGGACGUCAUCACCAGCUCGGAGCAGCUCAUCAUCAUCAUGGUCAUCUUCUGCCUGCUCGUGUUCGGCAUGUGCUUCGCCUUCGUGUACAACUGCAUCGGCAAGCUGCUGCGCGACCACAGGAUCAUCCAGGAGCACAUGCGGCAGUCGCGCGAGGACCGCCUCGACGAGAUGGGCCGGAAGUCGCCGACAGUGAGCCGCCACUGCUCGCAGCACUCGAGCGAGCACGAGCUGGGGGCGGAGGACACGCCGACCACGCGGCGCCACCACCAGGACUGCUACCUCGCCGGCACGGACGACGCCAUGCUGCCCAUGCUCAUCAACCGGGGGACGCUGCCGACGCCGCCGUCAAACGGCGACGCCAUCUUCGUGCGCAACUCGAGCGGCGGCAUGCUGACGCACUCGGCGCACUCGGUGCGCACGCACUCGGUGGGCUGCGGCAGCGUGGUGGUGGCCGACGUGGCCGACGCGGAGGACGACUCGGACACGCUGCCGUCCGCGCCGCUGCCGCUGCCGCCGCCGCUGCCCGAGAUGCGGGACAUGGAGUGCCAGACGCGGGAGAGCCUGUUCCACGCCAACGGCAGCAGCCUGAGCAACCACGAGCCGCUCACGUCGCGCUCCAACUCGGACCGCAGCUGCACGCCGCCGCCACCGCCGCCGCCCACCAUCUCCCGCCUCGUCAACAUGAAGAACAGCCGCAACUCGCCGCGGCCCGCGCCCUUCAGCACGUUCGGCUACGUGGACGAGGGCGCCGGCGCGGCCACGCUGCCCAGGUGGCAUAAGGAGAUCAGGGUUUCGCCAAGCAAGAGGUGUGACUCUGCUCCAGUUGAUUUUCUUUUAGUUUUAACAAGUGAGUGCAUCGAGUUCAUCCUCAUCAUUUUAUUUUCUUGUCAUUCUGUGCUCGUACAAACAUAUCGUUCAAGUCAAGAUAGAAAGAAAUAG